UAUAAACGCCGGCCGCCCACGCCACCUCUAGGUAGGUAGCAGCUGCCCACGGCCCUUCACGCUCCAGAGAAACCAGCAGCAGGCGGGUGGUCGAAUCUUGGACAUGACGAGGUGGUGGUGGCUGGCGGCGGUGGCGUGCUGGUGCGCCGCGGCGGUGUCGGCGCAGUCGCCGGCGCCCCCCGCCGACCCGCUGCAGGGCAAGUGCCAGGAGGACUUCGGGAAGCUGACGGACUGCUUGGACUACGCGACGGGGCACGCGGGGACCCCCUCGUCGACGUGCUGCUCCGACGCCAUGGCCACGCACAAGUCGCGGCCCGAGUGCCUGUGCUACAUCAUCCAGCAGGUGCACAGCGGCCGCAACGAGGUGCAGUCGCUGGGCCUCCGCUUCGACCGCCUCCUCGCGCUCCCCGCGGCGUGCAGCCUCCCCGGCGCCAACGUCACGCUCUGCACCAACCUGCUGCACCUGAAACCGGGCUCGCCGGACUACGCUCUCUUCGCCAACGCCUCCAAGAUCACUCCGUCAACUACGACCCCGGCGAGCGGCAGCACUGCCGGCAGUGGCUUCAAGCUUCAGACGGGGAUCCGCGGCAGCAUCGCGGCUGCCGUGAUCUCUGCAGUCUUGUCAUCCAUCUUCUGAUUUCAGUUUCAUCUUGUCCCUUACCUUGCAGUUUGGGAUGCAGCAAAACGCUUGCUUGCUGUCAUGCUUGUUGAUUCGUUCUGAUGUACUAGUUGUUGUCUAUUUUGUACUAGUUGUUGUUUAUUUUGUACUUACUAUUUUGCUACUUGAAAAAAAGGAAAAGAAAUUGGCAGUUCUUUUCUGUA